AUGCAUAUACACAAAUUAAAAAAAAAAAUUAAAAAGAAGAAGGAAGGGAAAUACCUGACCAAAAAACACAUCAAGAAGAAAUUAUUUUUGAGUGAAGAAGAAUUUCGUAAGCUUUGUAUUUUUAAAGGAAUAUAUCCAAAAGAUUUUAAAGAAAUUCCAUUAAAAUAUCGAAAAAGAUUUUAUAAGCAUAAAGUUUUUUAUACAAAAAAUGAUUUUUUAAAAAUAUCACAUGAAAAAAUAAUUAAUGAUUUUAGACAAAUAAAAAUAUAUUUAAAAAAAUAUAAAAAAUAUAAAUUAACAUUAGAAGAUUUUACUCGUUGUAAAAAUAUUAUAGCAAAUUUCCCUGUAUAUAAAUUAGAACAUAUAAUUAAAGAAAGAUAUCCUAUAUUAUCAUAUGCAAUCGAACAUUUAGAUGAUGCCUUAAGUUGUAUUAUUGCUUAUUCUCAAUUACCUACUAAUCAUAAAUAUGGAAUUCAAAAUAAUAUGGUUAAAACAUGUCAACUAUUAAAAGAUCAUUUCCAUUAUUAUAUAUAUAAAACAAAUAAAAUUAAAAAAGCAUUUAUAACUGUUAAAGGUUAUUAUUUACAAGCAGAAAUUUUAAAAAAAAAAGUCACAUGGCUUAUACCUCAUAUAUUCACACCUUAUAUUGAUACAUCAAUUGAUUUUAAAUUAAUAUCUGAUUUUAUUGAAUAUUAUAUAGCACUCUUGAAAUUUGUAUUAUUCAAAUUGUAUAAAUUAGAUAAUAUGUUAUAUCCACCACAACAAGAUCAACAACUCAAAAAUGAAAACCUUACUCACCUUUCUUAUGACAAAGAUUAUACUACAAAUAAGCAUAAUUUAACUAUCAAUAGGGAUGAACAAACACAAAACAUAAGCCAUCAAAAUAAAGAUCAACAUCUUGCCAAGUCUGAGGAACACAAAUCAAAAAAAAAAAAUAAUAACAUAUCGGAUAAUAAUACAUAUGAAGCUACUACCAAGACAAAUAAUAAUAAUCAUCAUCAUGAUAUCGACAUGGAACAUAAUUUGGAUCUAAAUAAAAAUGACGAAAAAAAUAAAAAUGACGAAAAAAAUAAAAAUGACGAAAAAAAUAAAAAUUCUACUAAUCAUAUAAUUGAUAAAAUUGAUCUAGAAGGUGAUCAACAUCAAGAUGGUCAUCAUACUGAUAUAUCUGAACAUAACAAAUUAAAAGAAUUAUUUAAAAACUACAUAUUUUAUAUUCACAAUGAUAUGCCUUUCGAUGUACUAUCUAUUAUUAUUUUAUCAUGUGGAGGAAAAAUAUCAUGGAAAUCAAGUAUAUGCCCAAUACCUUAUGAUGAUAAAAAUAUUACGCAUGAGAUAUAUGAAAAAGAUAAAAAUAAUAUUCAUUUGAGUAAUUCUGAAAAUGAAUAUAAAAGAAUUCACAUACAACCACAAUAUAUAUUUGAUUGCUUAAAUGAAAAAAAUAUAUUACCAUGUUCAGAUUAUCUAACAGAUAAAGAAAACUUACCUGUGCAUUUAUCACCAUUCAUUGAAGAUGAUAAUUUUAAAAAUCUAGUUAAAAAAGAAGAAUAUACCAUAAAUAAAAUACUCAAUCAAAAAAUUAAAGAAGAACAAUAUAAUAAAGAUCUAUCAAAUCAAAACAAUAUUUUUAAAACACAAAAUUAUAACGAAGAAGAAGAUGAUCGUGAGACAGCUAAUCUUAUUCUAAACAAUAAAAGACAAGCAGCUUUAAAUAAUCAACUAGAAAUAGAAAAUGAACAUAUUCAUCAAGAAAAACAACAAAAUCAUAAUAUAUUCAAUACACAAAAUAAACCACAUCAAAUUAUAAAAAUACAAAAUUUAAAAACUCAACAAGAAGAAAUACAAAGACAUAAAAUAGUACUUAGCAAAAAGAAAAGGAAGUUAUAUGCACGUAUGGAUAUGGCACAGAAAAAACAACAAGCAACCAUAGACAAAUUUAUGAAGAAAAUAAAUAAAAAUAAAACUAAAUAA